GCAUAGUGAGAUUUUAAAUUUAUCUAACAAAACUUAGAAAUUUUCUUAACUGAAUAAAACUAGAAAGUGCUUCAGAUUAUGAUCAUUAUUACCCAAAUCAUAAUUGGCAUGAUAGAGUUCUGAAUUCCACUCCAAUGCCUGACUAGUCUACUUGCAUAAUUCACCAGCUUCUUCUUCUUCCCCCUCCUCCUUCUUCAUAUGGUAAUGCACAGGUCAAACCCAGCCCAACCCAACAACCUCCUAUUAUAAAAAUCUUUCCUUUCUCUCUUCUUCUCAGUUUUCACUUCCUCUAGAAUCUCUCUCUCUUUCUCUCUCACUAUUUCUUUUUUGCAAAGUGUAGAGAGUUUGUUUAUUGUUCUUGUUCUUGUUCUCGUUUUAUUUAUUUACUUUUGAAGAUUUGAUUUUUGGGUGUUGUCGCAAAGAUGGCUUUAAAAUUCUGUUUAUCUUCAUUUCAGCCAGUAAUUCCUGUCUCUGGUUCAUUAACUCGCAGACCCACUAAACCAAUUUACAAUCUUCGAGAAGAUAACUGUGUUUUUUUGGCAACAGAAAUUUAUUGUGCAAAUGCUAAGCAGUUAACCCACUACAGGUAUGGAAGAGGUAAAAAAAGUACCGAUCUUUUUGUCACUGCUCUAUCUCCCAGUGCUUGUCAAAACUCGUCGGCACCUUCUUUUACUGCAUUUAAUGAGUUGAUAGAGUCUUUGAUUAAUCGGGUGGAUUUAUCAGAAUCUGAAGCAGAAGCAUCACUUGAUUAUUUAUUAGAUGAUGUUAAUGAGGCAUUGAUCAGUGCUUUUCUUGUUUUGCUCAGAGCCAAAGGAGAGACUUUUGAAGAAAUUGUGGGAUUGGCGAGGGCAAUGAUUAAACAUGCUAGAAAAGUUGAGGGGUUAGUUGAUGCAGUUGAUAUUGUUGGAACUGGUGGCGAUGGAGCUAAUACGGUGAACAUUUCCACAGGGGCAUCAAUACUUGCUGCUGCUUGUGGUGCAAAAGUUGCCAAGCAAGGGAAUCGUUCAAGUUCUUCUGCAUGUGGAAGUGCUGAUGUACUGGAAGCAUUGGGGGUAGUAAUUGACCUGGACCCAGAGGGGGUAUCAAGGUGUGUGAAUGAAGCAGGAAUUGGCUUUAUGAUGUCACCAAAGUACCAUCCAGCAAUGAAGAUUGUCAGCGCUGUGAGGAAAAAACUAAAAGUAAAGACAGUAUUCAAUAUAUUGGGCCCUAUGUUGAAUCCUGCACGUGUGCCUUUUGGAGUUGUUGGUGUAUACAAGGAAGACUUAGUCUACAAAAUGGCGAAAGCAUUGCAACGAUUUGGGAUGAAAAGAGCAUUAGUUGUUCACUCAGAGGGCUUAGAUGAAAUGAGUCCCCUAGGACCAGGGAUAGUUCUAGACAUCACACCAGAAAAGAUUGAGAAAUUUUCAUUUGAUCCAUUGGAGUUUGGCAUUCCCCGCUGCACUUUAGAGAGCUUGCGUGGUGGAGGUCCAGACUAUAAUGCACAAAUACUAAAACGGGUUCUGUCAGGGGAGAAAGGGUCCAUUGCCGAUGCUUUGAUUCUAAAUGCAGCAGCAGCUCUCUUGGUAAGUGGUUGUGCGAGUACUCUAGCUGAAGGAGUAGGUAUGGCUCGUGAGACACAAUUGUCUGGAAAAGCUAUGAAGACAAUCGAUUCGUGGAUAAACAUUUCAAAUAUGAAAGGUGAAGUGCUCGUCUAGACAGCUUGAAAUUGUACUUGAUCAUAAGAGUUUAUACAUGCGAAAAAUAAGCCUGACAGCGCAGUUGGCAAUUCUACAAGGAACAGAUCAAAAAGAAGAAUGACUUUGUAUUUCACCUGGUGGCACAAGUGUUAAGACAGCUCAAAGUUUAAACAACUGGCUUGUAACUAAUUUUUAGUGGAAAGAAAUAUCAAACUGCAAUGUAAUGUUUUGAAUAAUCGUCCUCUCAAUCCGACUCUUGAACGGUGUUUUACCA